AUGCAGGACCUGAGCAGCACCGAGACAUACUCUCUGGGUGUGCUCUCAAUCGCCUGCUUGUCAGUUCUCGUCAAUUCCUGGCGAAAUGACGGAGAACCACUAUAUGCUUCAAUCGCCAUCAGUGGCCUGGCGUUUGCAUUCUCAUACGCCGUGAUACAAUGGACCGGCGACGUAUUCCUCAAACGGGGCUACAAAGGAAAAGACUUGUUAAAACGAAACCAAAUCGAGCUACCGGAACUGAUGGGCCUGGUGAGCGCUCUGGGGUACCUCCUGGCCGUUGUGAACUUCUUGCCGUUUGCCUUCAAGCGAGACAUUGUCCAAGUGACUUCCGGCGCCGGGAACAAGGACAUGGUGUUGGAGGCCCAACAUAUCGAGACGGGCCGCUUUCUCCACCGUUUCCCCUUGGAAAAGCUCGCUUCUUAUGGUUUCGCAUACGGAACUUUGGCGUCUGUCAUCAUCCUUGGGAUCUUAGACGACUCCUUCGACAUGCGCUGGCGACACAAGUUUUUCAUCCCAGCGUUCGCGGCGUUGCCAAUGCUGGGCUUGUACUUUGUCGAUUUCGGUAUCACCCAUGUGGUGGUACCGCUACCGCUGCGGCCCUACUUUGGCGAGCUUCUUGACCUGGGCGCGUUGUAUUACGCUUACAUGGCGGCAAUAUCGAUCUUUUGCCCUAACAGCAUCAACAUCCUGGCAGGUGUGAACGGAAUCGAAGUCGGUCAGUCUCUGGUGAUUGCAUCCUUGAUUGCGUUGAACGAUGCGCUGUACUUSCUACCAACGGUACAUCAGCCGCAUCCAGCAGCCGAGUCACAUCUCUUCAGCAUGUACUUGCUGCUGCCGUUCAUUGGAGUUUCACUAGCACUGCUAAAGCACAAUUGGUACCCGGCAAAAGUCUUUGUUGGAGACACGUACUGCUACUUUGCGGGCAUGGUGUUUGCUGUUGUGGGAAUUCUUGGACACUUCAGCAAGACAUUGCUGUUACUGUUCAUUCCUCAGAUCUUCAACUUUGUGUACUCGGCACCACAGCUUUUUGCUAUUGUACCGUGUCCGCGGCACAGAAUGCCACGAUUCAACGCUCGAACUGGGCUUCUAGAACCGUCGGUCGCGAUCUUCACUCCUGACAAACCGCUGCGACCGAUUGUAGGCGAGGCGCUGAAGGUGUUGCAUGCCCUGCAUUUGGUGCGGGUCAAGGUGGAUGAGGGCGGGAAAGUAGUUGAAACGUCAAACCUCACCAUUCUGAACCUAUGGCUGGUAUGGCGGGGCCCAUUGCGCGAAGACCGGCUGGCCGUGGAGAUACUCGCGAUGCAGACCGCCUGUGGCCUGCUCGGACUGUGGAUCCGUCAUAGCCUAGCCCUGCUCCUCUUCACCGUGGACAACCGGUUCUGA